AUGAAUAGAAUUACAAGUAGAAUUAUUCAACAACACCAACUUGUUGUUGUUGGGACACCAUCUUUACAAUCAUUUAAACGAUUCAUUUCAAAUAGUAGUAGUAAUAAUAGAAACAAUAAUAAUGAUAAAAAGAAUGAUGAAACAAUAUCAACAACAACAACAACAAACAAGUCAAAGGUGAUAAAGAUUACAACAGCAGAUCCACAAUCAUUAAAAAUGUAUCGAAAAUUGAUUAGAGCAUCUUAUCAAAUGCCAUUGGUAGCAAGUGUACGAAACAAGAUUCGAGUCAAUGCCAAAGAGAUGUGGGACUUUCAUCGUCAGGCAACUCAAUCUGAACAGACUCAACUAUUGAAUAACGCCAAUAGUAUUCUUAUCGUACUUUUAAAACUAUCAAAGUUACCUGAAAUAUUCUCUGAUUCUCAAAGAAGAAAGGAUAACUAA